CGGGUUGCCGCGACCGGGUGGUGCCAGCUUGCACUCGGUGGUCGUGUCUCGAUAGGGGAGCGGAGCGGAGCCGUAUCCAAGCUGCGAGUAGAGUUGCCCGCGAGUAGAGGCGAGCAAAGGCGACUAUCGACGACUAGGAACGGCCUCCCCCCGACACCCCCCUCGCCACCCCCACGGCUCCCGGCCACUACGGAGCCACUACGCCGUCGCUGCUAUACGCGAGGAUUAUAGUUUUUCUGGGGGGAGGGUGGUGGAGCGCCUUGCUUUCGAAAGGAUGGUGAUUGUGGAGCGUGGACAGAGUAGAGUUAGGCGUAUAUAAGGCCUGCCGGCCCGGCCCAAGUCAGUCAUUCACCGGACUACCAGCCCACCAUACACACACCAAACAUGAAGGCCUUUAUCGUGUUCGCCUGUCUAGCAGUAGCGACGGCCCGUGCCGGUAUCGCACAUGGUGGCAUCGGCUACGGUGGUUACGGCGGUGCUGGUUUGGCCAUCACUGGUCAUGGAGGUCUCGGCGGAGGUGCCGGUCUCAGCGGUGGACUCGCAGCUGGUGCUGGAACCGCUGCCUCCCUCCAGGGUGGUGCCUCCAGCUUGGGAUCUGGUGGUCUUGGUGCUAGCUACGCUGCUGGUGCCGCGGCGGCUGCUGGAGCUGCUGGAGUUCAACAGAUCGUUUCCGGAGGAGUAGCAGGUGGCAGGGCCGACAUCGGACCAGCUGAAGGACCCAAGGCUAACGUAGGACCCCAGACUGGCCCAUCCGAUCUCGCUGGACCCCAGGAAGGUGCCAAGUCCGUAGGUGGACCUCGUACCGGACCAUCCAGCUUGGUAGGACCUGCUGCUGGACCAUCCACCCUCGUAGGACCCUCUCAGGGAACCGCCACCCUCGUCGGACCAUCCCAGGCUACCGCUAGCCUUGUAGGACCUAGCUACGGUGGAGUUGCCUUCUACGCUGGUGCUGGUGGAAUCAACGGUGACGAUGGAAGUUCUGGCUCUGCUGCUGCUGCCGCUCCUGGUGGUGGUGCCGGACUUGGUGGACUCGCUUUGGGAGGUGCCGCUCUCGGUGCUGGUCUUGGUGGCCCUGGUGCCAUCGCUGUCAUCGGAGGUGGACCUGGAAUCGCUGGUGGCAUCGGCGGACAUGACGCCGGAGUUGCUGUGAUCAAUGGACCAUCUGGCGCCAUCCACGCCGGACUCGGCUCCCACGGAGCUAUCAUCCCCGCACCAAUUGCCAAGUGGUAGACGGUUCAAGACCCCAGCGAUCUCGGCUCGGCGACGGCGGCAAACCCACCACAGUCACUCACCGGUCUCCGGACGAUCCUCAAACGCGCUCACAACGUCUUCUUCCCAAAGCUUCGUCCAACCUCGGAACAUGGUAGGAACGCGCAUCGGUCUUAAAGUGGUAUAGCCUCUAUACUAUAUUCGGUGGUAGGAUGCGCUCGGCGCAACGGGAUCUUCGCUUCGACGAAAGAUCCCGUUGUUUCACCGAUCCGUCCUAGCCUCCCCUCGAUGGAUAGGCCGGCUCGUAUCGGCCUCGAGAGAAAGAGAGUGAAAGAGAGAGAGAGAGAGAGAGAGAAAGAGAGAGAGAGAGAGAGAGAGAGAGUGAGAGACGGAGCGAAAGAGAGAAAUCUAGUAUCGGAAUGAGAGAAAGAGAGAAAGAGAGAGAGAGAGAGAGAAAGAGAGAGAAAGGAAGAGAGAAAUAGAGAAAGGGAAAACGCAUCGUGAGCCCGGCCACUCGUGAUUCGCGGUACACUUUCCUUCUUUUGGAAAUUUAGUCAAUUGUCGCUUCGUACGACCACAAAAAUCGGUCGUUACCGCGGUCGCCGGGCUCGAGAUCUCGCGUACCCACGAGCCGGUCAGGAAUCAGCCGCGUCUAACGAGAUCUAACGGCGCGAGCUAAUUGCGAGCUAUACGCUAGCACGAUCGACCGGCCGCCGCUCUCGACCAUGCUCUCGGCAAGUGGACAAGCUUUGGCGCUUCGUCGUCGGACCAACUGGGUCUGUUCUGUUUUCUGAACACCCACCGUUGCUCCGGCUCGAACUCUUUUUCUUCUUUCUAUGUCUUCCACCAUCCGUAAGGCCGCUCUUCGCGCACACACAUACACACACUUUUUUUUAUUACUCUUCUCUCCCUCGAGCGGGGCUCGACGCCUCGUGUGUUGUUAUACUUACUGCCGCACCCAAGCAUACAUAUUAUUAUUACAUUGCUCGUCCAUGCGCAUUAUAUGUCUCUUCUCUUUUUAUAUAUAUAUAUAAAUAUGUAUACAUACUACUACUACUAUUCUACUUUUCUUCGCGUAUCUAUAUAUAUAUAUAUAUAUAAACACAUUGCCACACACGCGCGCACACACACCAUUACCAUAUGUGUAUUCGUACAUAUACACACACUACACAUAUAUUAUAUUAUUAUGUUUAUAUGUUAGUGAAAAGGAGAGACCGGUAGAUUAUGGUAGGUCAGCCCUUCCCGUGAGCGAACGAAUGUAUAUAGAUGGCGCGCCGCCGCCGGCCCCCGACCCCGCCCGCCCUCGUCAUACCCUUUCUUUGCGAUCACGACUAGCACCCCACCACCACCAUAGAUAGAUACCACGUAUUUAUAGCGUUUAUACAUUUAUACAAUACUUUAUAUAAAAUAAAGCAUCAGUAUUUAAAACCUUUUUCAUUCAUUCUCGUGACAACCUCGUCUUCGGACUAUUAUAUCGUAAGAAAUUUAUUUUUUAUAUUAAAAGAUGUCUCGUCGAUAGCAACGAUCGAGUACAAACGAACGACUCGAUCGAGAACUACUUUCAUUUCUUACCAAAUAUUUACCUAUUUUAAACCACUUAUUGCGACGUAGACUUCGAAACGAUAUCGAUAUUACA